AUCUGCUACACAUCUUGAAAGGAGAGCUUUAGGGGCUUACAUAGGUUCUGGGGCUCCCAGCCCAGAAGCACCAAGCUUAAAAGGUCUUCACAGACUCAGAUCGACAAGAAACCAUCUGGACUGAUGCUCACAAGCCAAGACACAGGGGCUGCCACAAGCUAUCCCAAUGUGGGGCCAUCCUUAGACAUGCCCCGGUGGAGUAGCAAAAUCUGAAGACCCAGUGUAGGGACCCUGAAGGUCUGCCCAGCCCUGUAAGAGGAACGGGUCCAUCCACACCCUACAGCACCUUAAGAUCUUCUCAACAGUCAAUGACAAUGAAAUCCUGAUUCCUUCUCAUGGCAUGUUUCAGAGCCAUCUGCCAAGGUACCAUGGGAAGCUUGCCCAGCAGGAGGAGAAGAAGCCUGCACGUUCCUGGGCUCUCUGCCAGUGGCCAGGAACCUGGGCUUUUUCAGGAAGGGCUCUCAACUGUUCCUGUCCCUCCGGAUGAAAGCAGGGCUAUGGCUGUGGCUUUGGACAGUUUCCCAGCUGGGGAACAGGGGGAGCUGGUGCUGAGACUUGGGGAGCCGCUGACCAUCAUCUCUGACAAUGGAGAAUGGUGGAGAGUGAUGUCCAAAGCCACCAAAAAGGAGUUCAGCAUUCCCAGCAGCCACGUGGCCAAAAUCUCUCAUGGAUGGCUCUAUGAAGGCCUGAAUAGAGAGAAAGCAGAGGAUCUCCUUCUUCUCCCUGGCAACCACGGCGGGUCCUUCUUGAUCCGGGAAAGUCAGACCAGGAGAGGUGCUUACUCCCUGUCCGUGAGGCUGAACCGCCCCUCCUCUCGGGAUGUAGUCAGACACUACCGGAUUAAUCGCCUGGAAAAUGGAUGGUUCUACAUCUCUCCCCGUUUCACCUUCCCCUCGCUCCAAGCCCUGGUGGACCAUUACACAGAGAUGGCAGAUGAUCUCUGCUCCCUGCUAAAGGAACCCUGUGCCUUUCAUCGAGCGGGCCUGCUUCCUUCGAAGAAUAUCCCACCACCAGUGUCUGUCCAGAGCCCAGCUCUCAACUGGAAAGAAGUGGACAGCUCACUCUUGUUCUCAGAGGUGUCCUCCUCAGGUGACACAUGUCCCAUCAGUGCGGGGCUCCGGGAGGCGAUUGGCACCUACAUCAGCAUGACCGAGGACCCAUCAUUAGACAUCAGCGGCCAGGGGAGACUCAAGAAGGGGAAUUAGGGCCAAAGCACUUGGAAGAUGCUCUCCUGUGCCCUUCUCCUCUGCUGACUUUGGGAAAGUGACAUAAAAGGGCUCUCUGGGCAGACCUUCUUUAAGGGCAUUUCUUCUUCCUAUGUGGCUUCAUAGGCUAGUGGUGCCUCCCAAAAUGGGAGCUAGAAUUUGCUCAGUCAGGGUACUGCAGCCUUCCCUUGGCUGUCACUCAACUGAAAUGUACCAAAGCCUGAGACAAAAAGUAAA